AUAUUCGCAUCUGUGCUUCCGCAUCCCCUCAAAAUAAGACAACUAAAACUCCAUUUCCCACGAUGCGUUUUAAAUAGGACAACCAUGGUCUCGUCCAGAGUGUGUAAUAAUCACAGACUGUUUGUUACCGCAGGAUCAGAAGGCUGGAGCUGAGAAUGCAGCGUGUGAAAGUGCUGGUGGUCGGAGCAGGUGUGGUGGGUUUAUCCACGGCAGUGUGUAUCGCUGAGGCGCUUCCACACUGUUCUGUAACUGUUGUUGCUGAGAAGUUCUCGCCUGACACCACCAGUGAUGGAGCCGCUGGAAUCUUCCUACCCACUGAGUUUCCUGACAUCCCUCGUGAACGGCAACGGCGUUGGUUCAAGGAGUCAUUUGAUCAUCUUCUGACCAUCGCAGAUUCCUCACAAGCCGGAGAUGCUGGCGUGUACUUGAGCUCCGGGUACCACAUUUUCAAGGAUGUACCCUGCGACAAAAAGCCCUACUGGGCAGAUUUGGUACUUGGAUUCAGAUACAUGACGGAUCAUGAAAUGAAGCGUUUCCCUAAUCAUAAGUUUGGACAAGCGUUCACCACAUUAAAGUGUGAAUGUCUGAGCUACUUGCCAUGGAUGGAAAAAAGGGUUAGAGCAGCUGGAGGUCAGAUCCUUCAUGAAAAGGUGACUGAUCUUCAUAAACUGGCCCUGAAUUACGAUGCCAUCAUUAACUGCUCAGGUGUCGGCUCACGUUUCUUGGCGAAGGAUGAGGAGGUCUAUCCAGUUCGAGGACAAAUGUUGAAGAUUAACGCUCCUUGGCUGAAGAACUUCAUAAGAGAUGGAGAUGGCAUGACCUACAUCUACCCUGGAAUGACGCACGUCAGCAUUGGAGGCACGCGGCAGGUGGGCGACUGGCGUAUGGAGGUGGAUAAAGAGGACAGCGAGGGGAUCCUGGAGCGCUGCAGUCGACUGGAACCGUCCCUGCGAGCGGGUCAGGUGAUGGGGGAGUGGGUGGGACUGCGGCCAGGCAGGGCUAACCUGCGGGUGGAGCGCGAAUAUCUGUCUGUACGGGGCCGUCAGGUGCCUCUGGUGCACAACUACGGUCACGGAGGCUGUGGUGUUACUCUGAGCUGGGGGACGGCACUGGACGCGCUCGAUCUGCUGAGACAGAGUCUGUACGAAAAACCACCUCUAGCCAGACUGUGAAUCUCAUGUGUCUAGCACUUAUAUUGAAGUUUAAGACUUCAUACUGAUACUGAUAUCCAUGUGUGAUAUGAUUUUCAUACUGAUAUCUUUACAUUUGUGCACAAGAAAUAGCACUUUCAUGUUAAUAAUAGAUAAAUCAU